UGGGCGCACAACGUUAUGUCCUUGCCUCCCUUGCACGAACCCGUCCGUCCUGCCGUCCCGCCAACCCAGUCUCCCAGUCUCCCAGUCGUCGCUCGUCACUCGUCACUCGUCACUCGUCACCCGCCUGCCUGCUGCAGAGCACGAUCAGCUCGAUACGCGACGGGCUGUCCCAUGCAGCAGCCGUCUAAUAACACAGUCCGCACAUGCGACUUGACAACGACCAAGCAAUGAGUGUUGUGAUAUAUCGCCUGCCUUAGCGAGUUUGAUGCUAGUCAAUUUUUAACCUUACUCCUACAUGCCUGAAAGGAGCCAGGAUAUCGAAGGAGCCAUCAUCACCAGCUUCAUCCAGUCUGGCAGUCGCCAGGGCAGGCAGCCACUCAACAUGCGCUUCUCAGACAGCUUCCAGGCUUCGCUCCACUGCGCACCGAGCCCCAACGGGAAACUUGUGGCAUCGCUGUCUGCCUCCUCACUGCACAUCCGGGCCGUUGAGAACCUGCAGACCAUCAGAGACAUCGACUUGCCACGCGACUUGCCCGCGCCCGUGACGUCUCUCCAGUGGUCUCCGACCUCGAGCCUGCUUCUGGUCGCCUCAGCCCUCCAGAUACUCGUCUUUUCCGUCGCUGAGGAUGGCCUCCAUGCAACCAUACGCAACCCCCUGCCCCCUGCAGCAAAACCAGUCUUGGUCGGCUUUGGCGCAUCCGACUACCAGAUCUGUCUCUGCGCCUCUCUGGGGCUCAGGUUUGCCGUCUUCGACCUGCGCUCCUCAAAGGCCGUCGAGAUAGCCAAUCCCAAAUUCCAUGCCACCCCCUCCGCCUCCUGCAGGGGCUUCUGCUUCCGGCCGCGGACCGCCCACCUGUCCAUUCUGACACGCAUGUCAGGCAAGGACAUGAUAAGCAUACAUGACCCUACCUCCCUCCAAGCCGAGAGGUCCUGGUUCCCGGACACGCUUGAUGCCCAGGGUCUGAUAUGGGCCCCAGGCGGCCAUUGGCUCCUAACAUGGGAGGCUCCGGCCCACGGCCACAAGAUCUUGUUCUACUCCUCGGAUGGCAACCUGCUCAAGACCUGGUCUGGCCCCCAGCCCCUUGUACCAGCCGACAACGACCUGCGGCUUGGCCCCGGCGUCAAGCUGCUCGAGUUCUCUGCAGAUGCCCGCCGUCUGGCCAUCGGGGACUCCAGUAGGCGCAUCUGCAUUCUGGACAUGGCGUCCGUCACCGAAUCCCUGCGGCUGCAGCACCCCAAUAGCAUAGUACCCACAGAUACCCUCCAGGUUUGGCAGGAGCAGGCUAGCGCUGCUGGCCACCAUUUUGUUCGUGCUCCGCAGGCCAUUUUCCCACCCACUAGGCAGUCUGGGAGCAGCGGUUGCGCCCUCGCCGUAUUUGACCCGUCCUCGACUCUCCUUGCUACAAAGCUCGAAGACUCGCCAGGCACCCUAUGGGUGUGGGAUGUCGAGGCUGCUGAGCUUCGGGCAGUCCUUGUAUUUCAUGGGAGCGUGUCGAGGGUCUCGUGGCAUCCUACCAUCCGUGAGACACUGCUCGUGAGCUGCGAAAGCGAGUCGGAUCACUCGCUGGCCUUCACGUGGGAUCCUUUGUCCGAAGGCCCAAGGCCCAUCGACUUUUCUGGACGACUCUCAAACGGCAAAGUGCAGGUUCUUUGGCUGCAAAUAGACGGCCUGGAACCAGCCGCUUUGUUUGCAUCUGACAGCAGUCGAUACAUGCUGGCUUCUCUGGCAGACGACGAUGACGAGCCCGUUCCCUGGGCUGCUGCUGACCAGCAGAACAGCCUGCAGUACGGGACGCCCCCACAUGUCACGGAUGCACACGUUGACAACAUGUCCGAAGGGGAAACCAGUGAGCUCGAUGACACCUUUUGUUUCAAAAGGACUUGAUCACGAUGCUGUCUCAGAUAGUUGCCGCAACCACUUUGUACACCUCACCGCGAUAGACCGUAACGCGAUCGAUCACCUGCUUCGGACUCGGUACUCCGGACUCGUUCGUCACUAUUCUGAUUCGAGCACAAAAAUGAUGCCUGCAAGGCGGCUUCACCCUUUCAAUUGUUCUUAUUGUGGGCUAGCUCGUCCGGGGGUAUCUUGACGAGUUCCUAGUCCCAAAAGACAAAAAGCAACCCGCAAGCCACCAGAUCCUGUACUCAAGUCAUUCGACGUUGUUUUUUCUCCCAAUUAUGAAGCCUGCAUCUCAGACAUGCUUCUCAGCCGUAACGACGUGGGACCCGCUCACUAGCACCUAUUGGAUCUCGGUUGUAUGCAGGACACUGGGCGCAUAUGACAGGCCGGCAGGCCGGAGGCAACGAUUUGGUGCCACCACAACUUGUUCUCUCUGGCGUCUCGUACUGAGCUUCGCUGCCGUGACGAAGGAGGUCAACCUGCAUCAUCUGUUCCAAGAGGGGGCAGACACCUUCAACCCUCGUACGUGCACAGCCCUACCGGGUCUUUACCCCGUCGCAAGAUUAGCAAACUGCAUCUGGUCCAGGAAGCCGGUCAAAUCAAAUACUAGGCAUCCCAUCUACCAAGAACGAAUGAGACAGUCCUUUUCUUACCGG